AAUGUGUGGAAGGUCAAGGGUUAACCUUCGAGGUCCUUAGGCUAUGCAAAUGAUUUAGUCGAGAGUGGGGUAUGGGCAUGAAUCUAAGGGUGCACGCGAGAAAAAGAGGAAUGCGAAAAUGUAAAUUUAGGAUAGAUGAGCAUUGUAUGUGAUUGCAUUACCAUGACAUGUCUUAUCAAGAAUUUAUUCUCAUGCCAUUUUAAUGUUCUAGAUCAUGCGAGGGAUGGGAAGGAAGACCAACUUGGGGCUAGACAAAGGGUGAAAGUUGUAUGGCCAUGCAGUACUGUUGAAACAUUUCAUAGUAUGUUCAGUAGCUUGUUGAUGUAUUAGAGCUAUACAUGAGAUAUAUAGAAUGAGAACAUUGCGAUUGUUAGUGUUAAAAAGGAAUUUUGAAGAGAAUAGAACUCCUUAACUUUAUUCUGUGUGUAAGCUAAUCUAUAUAUACAAGAGAGCUCCUAAUAAUUCUCCUAAAAACUAGGAUUAGAUUACAAACCUAAUUAGUAGGACUAGAUUACAACAAUAGCUUUAUAAUUUACAAAUUUACAUAGGAGAUUAAAAACUUAAAACAAAUAAAGCUUUAGUUCUUAUCUUCUCGGCUCCUUAUCCUCUUCUAUUCAAUCGCCAACUAUUCAAACUUUAAACUUCAAUUGUUGACACUCCCCCUCAAGAUUGAGAAUAGAUAUCCCAUUCCAAGCUUGCUAGUCAUCCUUUGAUACACGGCUACGGGUAACCCUUUAGUUAGAAUAUCUGUAAGCUGUUCACAAGAUGAUAUAUACGGGGUACAAAUCAAACCACUAUCCAAUUUUUCUUUGAUAAAAUGUUUGUCCACUUCAACAUGCUUAGUUCUAUCAUGUUGGAUUGGAUUGUGAGUAAUAUUUAUUGCUAACUUCUUGUCACAAUAGAGUCUCAUAGGUGCUUCCAAAGUGAUUUUCAAGUCAUCUAGUAAUAUUUUUGUUGAAAUAUGAUAAAUUCAAUAAUUCCUCCAAUCUCUGUAAAAUCUAGGAGGACAUAAGAUCUUAUCUAUCUCUAAAGUUUAGGAAGUUUGUUAUUAGAUAUGUUGUUGUAUUUGUAUUUUAAAUGAGUUUGUUUGUAUUUUAAAUUUCCUAGAUUGUAGGAACUUUAGUCUAUUUAAACAUCUUAUGGUAUAAUCAAAGUGUGGGACGGAAGUAGGUUUUCUCUUCCGAGAUCUUCCAAUCCAGACUUUGUUCUUAUUAUUUGUUCCAAUUUUUCAACAUAGUAUCAGAGCCUUCAUUCUGCUCUUAGAAUCUCAUCGUGCCUUCAUUGCACUCUUGCCUCUCGGUCCUUAUUUCCUUCCCUAAGCCUUCAUUGCCCUCUCUUGGUUUUCUUGGUACUAAGGAUGUCGGGAAUCUCGGAUAUUAAUCCUGGUUUAGCUACUGGUGAGUCAGAACCAGAUCUGAUUACUGGAACAAUUGGAAGUGGAGGAACCUUCCCUGGUUCGGGUAGUGGAGAACUGCUGGGCAUGCAUGUAUCCUACAGAUUGGAUGGCAAGAAUUACCUCCAAUGGGCGCAACUUGUUCGAACUUUUCUGGAAGGACGGGGGAAGCUAGGACAUCUCACUGCUUCGCCACCAAAGUCUACUGAUCCAGCCUUCCCUACAUGGGAUAUCGAGGACUCUCUUAUCAUGUCAUGGCUAUGGAAUGCCAUGCAACCUGAGGUUAGUAAAAACUAUAUGUUUUUAGAUUCAGCCAAGGCUAUUUGGGACACCAUUAGGCAGACUUAUUCCAAGGUAUAGGAUGCUUCGGUUAUAUUUGAUAUCAAAACAAAGAUUAAUAGUACUAGACAAGGAUCUCUAACUGUUACUGAGUACUUUAACAAGAUGAAUGGCCUUUGGUUAGAGCUAGAUCAAUAUCAAGAAAUCAAGAUGAUAUGCAGUGAUGAUGCUGCCACACUCAGCCGAAUCAUUGAAAGAGAUAGGAUUGUGGAAUUCUUAGCUGGAUUAAAUGCUGAAUUUGAUCAAGUUAGGAUUCAGAUCUUUGGAAGGGAGAAGCUACCAUCCCUGAAUGAAGUCUUUGCUAUGGUAAGGAGUGAAGAAAACCGAAGGGGAGUCAAGUUGAAUGAAAGUGGAAUCGAAGGAUCAGCCAUGGUGACAGCAAGAAAGGAUGGGACGCGGUUCAGAGCGGGUAAACCAGAAGCAAAGAAUCGUGAGGGACUAUGGUGUAGUUUCUGCAACAAGCCUAGGCAUACUCGAGAUAAUUGCUUCAAACUUCAUGGCAAGGAGGCUGUGUUAAAGAAGAUGGGAGGUUUCAAAAAUAUGGCAGCACAAAAACAGGCUUACAUAUCUACCAAAGAACAGUACGAGGAAGGAGAAACAACCAGUAAGAUAGAAUCAAAUUCAAGUACUGAUCUUGCACAACUUGAUGGUGAGGAAAUUAACAAACUUAAGGCUUUUCUUAAGACUAUCAACAAUGGGAACUGUGUUUUCGCCCAGCAAGGCCCUGAAGACCGGGAAGAUGAUUGGUGCAGCUAGGGUACAGCAUGGGCUGUAUUUUCUGGAAAGAAAAGGAGAGGAACCUUCGGCUGGAAAUCAAGUCUUUGAGACUGCUGCAUUCUCUCAUUUUUCAUCUAACCACACUGCUCAUGUUUGGCUGCAACAUUACAGAUUUGGUCAUCCCCCAUUCCCUAUUCUAAAAACAAUGUUUCCUUCUUUGUUUCAGUCCUUAGACCUUAGUGAAUUUCAGUGUGAUGUGU